GCUUCCUGAAUCCUCGCUGCAGCCAUUCUUAAAACGCGAACGGACACAGGCGUUAAAUGAAGCUUCUUAGUUUCUCUGAAGUGUAGGCUGUGAAUAUAAAUUUCAUAUGAACGUAAUAUCUCAAUAUUGUGGCAAUCCGCCUGCAUGAAAUGGUUAAUUUUUCGAGUGAGUAACCACCGAAGAAGAAGUGAAGCCUGGCGUUUCUGCUUUCGUUUCCUUAAAAGCCCCCAUAGAGGCAGCGCGCAUUCAAUAACAGAAGCUGUGAAGCUGGAAGGAGGACUCUUCCCAUUCUGUCUGGAGUCUGUCUGUCUAAGAUAAUAUGCAAUGUCAACAGUUGGUCUUUGAAAUGAUGUGUGCCCGCCAUGCCUGUCUCCUGUCAUGGCUCCUCAUCACCUGUUGUUUUCUGAUGGGACCCUACCAUUGCAUGGCCUCCCAAAAGAAGACCUCCUGCUAUGUGAAUGAUGGCCGAGCCGACUGCAGUCGCCUCCGCCUCAGUGCGGUCCCUUCAGACCUUCCCAGGAACAUCACCAGCUUGGAUGUGUCUCACAACAAGCUCGUAGGGAUUCCCCCAAUGUCCCUAAGCCCGUACCCAGGUCUCCUCCAGCUCAACGUCGGUUACAACAGCAUCACCAAGGUGGACGCUGGUUUGUGCCAAACGCUGCCUCUGCUGCAGACAUUCAACCUGGAACACAAUGAAGUGCAUUUGCUGAAGGCUGAAGAUUUGAGCCACUGCACCAGCCUAACAUUGCUGAAUCUGGCGAGUAACAGACUAAAGCUACAGGGAGAACCCUUCUUGCCACUGCAGAGCCUGAUGUUUCUAGACGUUUCCAAAAACAACUUGCAGUCACCCAAGCUCGGCUCUCAGCCUCAGCUGCCCAGAUUGGUGAACUUCAGCUUAGCGUUCAAUGUCUUCACCACUCUGAGGAGAGAUGACUUUUCAUUUCUUAAUGAUUCACCCUCUCUACAAGUCCUCAACCUGUCAGCUGUGCCUCUAAAAACAUUGGAGACCGGCUGUUUUCAGCCAGUUACAGGCCUGCGUACUUUAAUCCUGGAUGGGAGCAGUAUGGGAACUCUGAUGAUUUCCAAGCUCUGUUCAGAGCUGUCUGAGACGGCCAUCGAUACUCUUUCUUUUCGGAAGAUGAAACUGGUCACAGUCACAGAAAAAACCUUCGCAGGACUUCAGAAGACUAAUCUAACGUUUCUGGAUCUGUCCAGUAAUGGCAUGGGUAAAAUUGAAGAAGGCUCAUUUCAGUGGCUUUCUAGACUUCAGACUCUAAUUUUGUCAUACAACAACAUCAAGCACCUGACCAAUGGUACGUUUCAGGGGCUCGGCAAACUGAAAAUACUCGAGCUAACAGAAGCACUGGUGAAAAGCCAUACGUCCUCUACCCCGGUUAUCGACGAUUUUGCUUUACAGUCAUUAAGCAGCCUGGAGAGGUUGAUGUUACAGAGGACUGCAAUCCGGGAAAUCACACAGCACACCUUUACAGGCUUGAAAAGUCUUGCAGAACUUGACAUAAGCUGGAUUAAUUGUCCAUCACUCAGAAACAUCACCAACAAGACCUUCGUGUCCCUUGCGGAUUCACCGGUCAGAAAGCUAAAUCUCAUAAAGACAAAUAUAGCACAGCUUAAUCCUGGAAGCUUCUCUGUGCUCAAAAACCUCACCGUUCUUCUUCUAGAUUACAACCAUAUCAAGCAAACUCUGACGGGCACAGAAUUUGAAGGCCUAGAUCAGAUUCGGGAGAUUCACAUGACCAAUAACUUCCAGUCAGUUGACCUAAGCUCCAGUUCAUUUGUUAAUGUGCCCGACCUUAGAGUCCUGACUUUGGGUAGGAGUCUUAAAGCUUUAGCCUUAAACCUUGAUCUCUCUCCAUUCAAGCCCCUGACCAGACUCACUGUCUUGGAUCUCAGUAACAAUAAUAUUGCUAACAUCAAAGACAAUAUGCUACAGGGGCUCGUAAACCUAAAGGUGCUGAAACUCCAACACAACAACUUAGCCCGACUGUGGAAAAGCGCCAAUCCUGGUGGGCCAGUGUUGUUUCUCAAAGAUGCGCAGAGGCUGGUGUCCUUACAGAUGGAUUACAAUGGACUGGAUGAAAUUCCAGUGAAGGCUUUGAAAGGUUUAACUGACCUCAGGGAGCUAAGACUUAGCAACAAUCUCAUAAACAAUCUCAAGGACUCUGUUUUUGAUGAUCUGAAGUCGCUGCAGGUUUUAGGUUUUGACAAGAACCUGAUCACAAGUGUGAGACCUGAAGUGUUUCACACUCCUAUGAGCAACCUCACCCUGCUUUUCAUGGACAAAAAUCCAUUUGACUGCACAUGUGAGAGCAUCUUGUGGUUCGUUACAUGGUUGAAUGCCACAAAUAUGACCAGUGUGCCAGGUCUCAGGGACCAGUAUGUGUGCAACACUCCACGAGCUUACUUUAACCGCUCCAUUAUGGAUUUUGACCCCCUUUCUUGCAAAGAUAUGACCCCAUUUCAGGCUCUUUACAUACUGAGCAGCACGGUUGUUAUCUUGCUGCUUGUAACCGCGCUCACGCUGCGGUUUCACGGCUGGAGGAUUCAGUUUUACUGGAACAUAAUGAUCAAUCGGACAUUAGGAUUUAGUGAUGCAAAAGUUGAAGAAGGCAGAGAAUUUGAUUACGAUGCUUAUGUCAUACAUGCGGAGCAGGACUCCAGCUGGGUGGAGAGAAGGUUGGUCCCUUUAGAGAAUGAAAGGUGCCUGUUUUGUUUGGAGGAUCGUGACACAGUCCCCGGCAUGUCACAGCUGGAAUCCAUCGUGGACAAUAUGAGAAAGUCCAGAAAAAUCUUGUUUGUCGUCACUGAGAAUCUCCUCAAAGAUCCCUGGUGUAGACGAUUUAAAGUCUAUCAUGCACUUCACCAGGUCAUUGAAGAAAGCAGGGACUCAGUUGUCCUGGUCUUUCUGCAGGAUGUGCACGACUACAAGUUAUCUCGCUCUCUCUUCCUCCGCAGAGGAAUGUUACGUCCACGUUGCGUCCUGGACUGGCCUGUCCAUAAGGAAAGGGUACCAGCCUUUCACCAGAAGCUUCUCAUUGCACUUGGCCUGACCAAUCGGCUGAAGGACUGACUGUUUAUCAUUGAUAACAAUAGAUUUUAUUUGCCAGUGUUGGUAGAGUUUCUUCUAUUAUCUGAUUGUGUUGCCCUGUGUGUAAACAUUUUUUAUAUGUGCAGUAUAUUCCAUUUUUAAUAAUAAAUGCAAUAAAACUACAAAUAGAGUAUUAAACACUUUGUUACCUCCGCCAAGGAGGUUAUCUUUUUGGUAGUGUUUGCGUGCACGCGUGCCACUCUGUCUGUAAACGCGAUAGCUCGAAAGGUUUUGAAUGAAUUCUGAUAAAACUUUGUAGGGGUGUAGAGUGGGGUCGUGUUAACAAUCCAUUCAAAUUUGGCUCACAUCCACUGAGGUCCUCAAGGUCAACUUAAUGACCUUAAGGUCAAAAAUUGACAAAAAGCCUUAUAACUUAGAGGCUAUGGUUCUUAUUAGUUUGGUGUGUAUUGUGCGCAUAUAGAAAGUACUGUAUAAAGAUUUAAAAUAUAAUGCCACAUUUGACCUCUGACCUCUCAUUCAAGGUGAAUCAAUUGAUCUGAAAGUUAAAGUAAUAAUAGUGUUAUAUAGAGCUAUUUAAAGCUAUGUUUCUGGCAUUGUUUGUUUUGACAACAUAUUGGCAUAUAGGAAAUGAUUUUUGGGGAUUGUAAAUAUCAGGUUACUUUGGACCUCUGACCUCUUCUUUAGGGUCAAACGUCCACAAUAUGUCUUUAUGUCUGCUUUAAAUUCUACUGCCUUUCUUUGUAUUGGCAACAUUUAGGAAAUGAUAUGGUUAUAUGGGGAUUCUAAAUAUCACAUUAUAGUUUGCAUCCAAAUAUGUCACAUUUGACCUCUGAUCUCACUUUUACAUUUCACAUCUGCUUCUCUUUCAAGUUGACCCCAGAAUGUGUUCUAUCUUUAAAGAAAGCAUUGCCAAAGAGAAAGAGAGUGAACUGCUUUGGUGGAAGUCUGUGCUGUCAGUUAGUAAAAGGAAUAU